GAGUGCUGGGGGGCGGGGGCGGCGCGCGCAAGGCGGGGUGGAAGGAGGGAGGGGGGAACCGCUGCCUCGCUCGCUCACUCGCUCGCUUGCUUGCUCCCUGGCUGCUGCAGCGGCGGCGGCGGCGGCGGCGGCGGCAGGAGCAGCCCCCAGGGCUCUGGGAAAAGAAGAGGAGGAUAUCCUGUUGCUGCUCUCUCCCCUUCCCCCACUAUCCUAUCCCUCCCCUUUCCCAUCUCAAGAUGGCAUCCAGUGGCUCUGAUGGGGCAGAGAUGAAGGGGGAUGAGGAGGGUACCUCAGCCCAGGGCGAAGGGACUGGAACAACUACUCCUGGAGCAGAGACUACCCUUCCCCAGCCUCCAGCUGGGGCCCAGGACAUCACAGAAACCACCCAAAUGGGUUCAGAGUCCACCAGACCCUCAGAUGAAGGCCCAGAAGUGGGGACAUCCCCUGAACAGGCAAUAAAAACUUUAGAGGCACUAGAAGGGACUCCAAACCCAGCCAAGGAAACAGACUCCAUACCAGACCCAGGAAGUUCACUGGCAGAACAGACCCCUGGAGCAGACUCACAUCCUCAGCUAACACCAGAAACCUACAAAGAAUCCAUCCUAACCCAAGAAGGGAGCAAAAAGCCAACUGAAGAAGGGAGCAUAGAGCUGGCCCAAGAAGGAAGCAAAGAGCCUGCCCAAGAAGGGAGCAAAGUGCCCGCCCAAGAAGGGAGCAAAGAGUCUGCCUCAGUUCUAGAAGUAAGCAAAGAACCAUCUCCAACCCCAGGCCCAGAGGCAGAACAGGCUAAGCAGGAGCCAGUGUCUGACUUCAGGCCAGUCCCCCAGCCCACAUCUCCUGUCCAAAAGGCAGUGCCUAUCUCCACAGCCCCUGAGGACCUAACCGAGGACCUGAUGGAGAAACAAGAAAAUGGGGCAGUAGUGCCAAUAAAGGCUGGAGAGGGAGACAAGGGCACAACUCCUCAGCCCCACUCUCCUCCUCCACCCAAGGGCCCUCCAGCCAAUGGAGCACCCCCAAGGGUGCUACAGCAGUUGGUGGAUGAGGAGAGAGGAGUUGGGGGGCAUGGUACAAAGCCUGGCUCCCCUAGAGGCAGCCUGAGCCGCCAGCCCAGCUCCCUGCUGGGGGGGCCAGGAGUUGAGGGGGGUGAAGAGAUCCCAAAGCCACGUGACUACAUCAUCAUCGCCAUCCUAUCUUGCUUCUGCCCAAUGUGGCCUGUCAACAUCGUGGCUUUUGCUUAUGCCAUCAUGUCUCGGAACAGUCUACAGCAGGGUGAUGUGGAUGGAGCUCAGCGCUUGGGAAGGGUGGCCAAGCUGUUGAGUAUCGUGGCAUUGGUGGGUGGGGUCCUCAUCAUCAUUGCCUCCUGUAUCAUCAACUUUGGAUUAUUUAAAUGAGAGGCUCUAUCCUGUGCCCCUACGACUUUUUCUUCUGAACUACCAGGGGUCCAUCUCUUCCCUGGGGUGAGACCUAAUGAUGGCCCCCACCAUCAGCCCUUGAUCCUACAGAGACCAAGGGAGCUGGAGAAGGGCCUUGUUUACAGUAUUCCUUUCCUCCCUUCUUCCUCCCCACUCCCACCUCAUUCACCUCUUCCUGCCCUUUUUCUAGCCUCUCUGCUCACCUGCCAAUCUUCCCUUUUUUCCUUCUUUCCAUCCUUGUCCACCUUCUCUUACUCCCUCCCCUGUUUCCCUUAUUCAUCUUCCUUAUUUUGUUUCCAUAUUCUCAGCCUCCUUUUCUUUCUCUUCAUGGCCUCCUCCCAACAUCUCUUUUCUUUUCAUCAUGUCUUUCCCAGUCCCAAUCUACCCUUUUUUCUCAUUUCCCUUUCCAUAAACUUCCUCAAUUUCUUACCUUCCCCCUUGCCCUUUCCUGCGCAUACUACAAACUGAAUAGACUGAAGUGGGGGCUGUGGUGGGUGACCUGACCCUGUUCCCCAUCUCCAGCUGAACAGACUGAUCUUUUCGAAAGCCUCCCCUCCUCCUUCCCUCAUAGGAAGGGGUUGACAGGGGCUCUGCCCAGUUCAAGUUGGGGAAGGGAGUGAUGGUGGGACAACUUCCUGGGAAUGAUAUGCAAAAACAAAACCCCAGCCUAUCUCUGACUGUUCAUUCUCUUCAAAGACAAUUCCUGGGAGCAGACUAAGGGUCUACCCUCCCAGAUAUCUCCCUGUGAAUCAGUAUGGGGAGAGAGCUGCAUUGAGGGGCAUGAGGGGACGGGAGGGGGGUGGGCCUUAAAGAGUCUUCUAAUUUCACGGAGGGGUGGGGGAGGGGGGAGAGGCCCGGGGUGCAUUGCUGUUUGGUCUGUGAUGCCUGUUCUACUCACAUUCCACGCAUGAGGGAAUGGAACUGGGUCGGGUGAUUUCUAACCUGGGGGCGUGCUGGCCCAGUCGAGUCACCCGGGCGCUGUGCCCUAGUCCACAUCCCCCUCCCCUGGCUGCCAAAAGGAGAGGAUUUUAACAGUUUAUUUAUGUAUUAGUUUAUUUAUAGGGGGAGGGUCGUGCCAUUCACGUGCUUUGUAAGAAAAAAAAGCCAAAAAAAAAAUCGGACCAAAUGCCCAGAGGCUGAGCUCGAAGCCUGGGCUUGCAAGGGGCGUGUCCUCGUAGAUUUUUUAAGCGGACAAGGGCGACUUUGCCGCACAAGGCGGGGCAAGAGGUUUGGGGCGGGGGUGGGGGUGGGGAGCUACCCAGCCCACUUGGCAGAGAAAAAUGUUUUUUCCUUUCUUAAAAAAAAAAAGUGUGUGCGGGGAAACCCAUGGAUCUAAAAAAAAACUCACAAAAUUAUCUUACUAGUUACCCAUUUUGUAUGGAGGAUGCUGCAUGAAUCUGAACACCAAUAAACUGAGAUUGUGCAUGA